UUAUAGAUCGGUAUCCCGUGAAGUCAACAAAUUAAAGUCAGUGCCACGUUUUAAGUUUCAUAGUAAUUAAAGUAUGAAUGACCUCUUUUCUGGAUAGUUUUACUAAAAGAAUAAAUCAUGUCAACGACAGACCGUAAGUUGGAAUUGGAACGUAAAAAGGCAAAGCUCCAGGCUCUUCGUGAUGAGAAAGAUCGUCGUCGCAGAGAAAAAGAGCAGAAAGAUGCUGAAGAGGCUUUGCACAGAGCAUCCACAGCUUCAAGCUUGGACAGCCGUCGGGAUCUUGAUGAGAUGCUAUCAUCACUUGGGGUGGCUCCAGUGAAAGAUGUGCUCUCAUCACUUUCUUCGAUGACUUCAUUAACACCACCACAGACAGCCUCGCCUGAUGCUAGCCUUCCACAUACUGAUAAAUCAAGCAUUCCACAUGGCACACCUAAGAAACCUCCACAACUGCAAGUUGUAUCAGUUCAAUCAACAGACAUUCCUCCAAAAGAAAAUCUAACAUAUGCUAAACAAACACAAACCACCACCUCUGGAGUCACUGAAUUGCGUGAUGGCUCUUCCAAUGCAUCACCGCUUGCAGGAUACAUGGAGGACUGGUGGCGGCCACGGAAAGCCCACGCGGCAGACUACUACGACGAGUACAAUCUAAACCCGGGUUUAGAGUGGGAGGACGAGUUCACAGUGCUUACAUUCGACGGCGACGCCACGCGGCAAGGCGAGGAUGAAGAGGCAGCAUUCCACGGAAAACUCCCGCCGGGCAUCCUGCCCCACGGGCUGCCCACGGUUAAGGAGGUCCAGCCGGCUGUCACCGCCACGCCGCACGAGAAGAAAGAGGAGGAGAAGGAGAAGAAAGUUCGGGAGUUGAGCAACGACGAGAAGCAGACGAUAAUGCUGUCGGCGGAGUUCCAGAAGUUCGUUUCUAAAGCGGGACGCGUCAUCGAACGCGCUUUAGCCGAGGAGGUGGACAUUUACACGGACUACACCGGCGGUGGAGACAACGAAAAUGCGCAGGACGACAAAUCUGCAGCCCGUCUCUCCUUAGUCCGCACUUUCUACGACGAGCGUUGGUCUCGCGGCCGCUGCGUGACCUGCGUCGACUGGUCUUCGGCCCACCCCGAACUCCUCCUGGCCUCGUACCACAACAGCGACGACGCACCCCACGACCCAGACGGGGUCUGUCUCAUCUGGAACACCAAGUUCAAGAAGACGACCCCAGAGGAUAUCUUCCACUGUCAGUCGCCGGUCAUGAGCGCGACUUUUGCUAAAUUCCACCAAAACCUAAUCCUCGGGGGCACUUAUUCGGGUCAGAUAGUGUUGUGGGACAAUCGCGUGCAAAAAAGGACGCCAAUACAACGCUCGCCGCUGUCUUCGCUCGCACACACUCACCCAGUCUACUGCCUCUCGGUAGUGGGCAGUCAGAACGCUCACAACCUGAUCUCAGUGUCGACGGACGGUCGCAUGUGCUCCUGGUCUUUGGACAUGAUGUCUCAGCCCCAGGAGACCCUGGACUUGCAGCACAGGCAGAGCAAAGCCGUGGCCGUUACCUCGAUGGGAUUCCCUCACGGCGAUGUUAACAACUUUGUACUGGGAAGUGAGGACGGGAAUGUUUACACGGGAUGUCGUCACGGGCAACGUGCCGGCGUGUCGGAGUGCGUGGAGGCGCACGCGGGGCCCGUCACGGCCGUCUCGUGUCACGCAGCGGCCGGACCGCUCGACCUCUCGCACCUCUACCUCACCGCUUCCAUGGACUGGAGUGUCAAGCUGUGGAGUCUCAAGGAAAACAAACCUCUGUACUCAUUCGAGGACAGCGGUGACUACGUGUCCGACGCCCGUUGGUCACCCGUGCACCCAGCCCUAUUCGCGGCCGUUGACGCGCACGGUCGACUGGAUCUCUGGAACCUUAACCGGGAUACUGAGGUACCGAUAGCAUCCAUCACGUCGCAAGAUGGCGUGGCCUACAACCGAGUCUCUUGGUCUCCGAACGGAGCGUUGCUGACUGCGGGUGAUGACGCUGGCAAGAUAUGGGUUUACGAAUUGGCAGAGCAAGUGUAUCAACCUCGCCACGACGAGUGGACGAAGUUGGUGUACACCCUGCAGGAGCUCCGUAACAACCAAUUGGAUGAGGAGACAGACCGGCUCAGUGUGACCAGCGGACCGCCUUCCCUUGGCAGCCUGACUUCGCUGGCUAGCAACCCGCUCAGAUAACUGAUGCGGUGGGACAUUCGCUGCGGGUGGAAACUGUAAGCAGGGCUUGGGAGAGAGCAUAAACUGAGUGAGAUUUGAAAAGCUGUAUCAGAGGCCCAUAGUAUAGCUUCAACAGGGGACAUAAUUCUAUUGUGUCAAAGCAUUCUAUUUUUUUAACAUGAAAUUUCCAAUCUUAAAACUAAACCCUCGCUUAAAUCAAGCUUAGAAUAUGGGCCUAAAUUGGAAAAAUUGGCUUUAUAUAAUAAUAUUAUAGUCAUAUUUUGUUUACACUUUCAAAUGAUAGAGUAGUGAACUACUACAGCUACAAUAUAAUUUUUUGGUGCGAAUCUUUCUAACUAGGUUAAUUUAUUUCUUUGUAAUUAUUAUUUAUAUACUUUCUAAGGGUUGUAUUAUAUAUAUGUUGUGCAACUGAUUGAAUUUGAGUGUUGGAAAUAAAUUACUAGUUCAUGGUUGUAGUAUGGAAGCCACUAUUUUAUUACUAAAAUAAUCUUGAAUUGCUGAUUAUGCACCCACAGAUAAUGUUUAAAUACUCAAACUUACUUAAAUCCUUUAUAUAUUCAUCAAUUUGUAAUCUAAUAGAUGUUACUACUUAAAACAAAUCUACUAAUUAAAGAUCUAAAUUCAGUACCCAAUAUAUUCCAAUGUUAAAAUUUUAAUAUUAACAUGUUAUGUAUUAUUAGAGAACUAUUUAUUAAAGGCAGGUAUUAUAAGAUUUAGUUGUGAUCUAUUUUAAGUUUACUGUUCUUAUGUGCUUAUAACAAAAUAAAUAAAUUGCUUAUGUCUA